AUGUGGCAUUGUGCAGUUGUUGAAUGCGCUGUCAACCAUGUCCCAACAUAUUCACCCCAUUAUGGAAUAUCCCGUGGAUGCUCACCAUCUUCCUCAUCGGGCUCAUGUUACAGUGUCGCCGCUAGUCCACCAGCUCACAAUGGCAUUGACAACAAAAUCGAGCAAGCAAUGGAUCUUGUCAAAACUCAUUUGAUGUUCGCCGUCCGGGAAGAAGUGGAUGGUCUGCGAAGCAAAAUAUUCGAUUUGGAAAAUCACGUUAGACGAUUAGAAGCCGAGAAUUCGAUUCUGAAGAGAACGAUUCCGAAUGAUACGCUGAAACAACUUCACCUGAAACUAUAA